CUGUUACCCAAAUUGCCAGAAUAAAUGUUAAUGUGGUAGCCUAGGCUAUUUUCGUAGCUUCAUACUAUAACUAAAUGCUACUUUGGAACAGGCACAUAGAAAGGUGGUUUUAGGCAAAAUCAGGAGCUUUGGGUCUCUAUUUAUAUGUAACUAAAUUUACACCGUAAAUGUACACACAAAAUGGAUGGAUCUUCCUACCUUUUGAAAUUCACUAGUCACUCGCAAAAUGACCACAGGCCCUCCUGGAAGAGAUGGGUAGAUUAUAUUUGAACCUUGGUUGUUUAUAUUUGAACAGUGCAUCAUAUAUAUUUCAGUACCUUGAGUUAAGAAUGCUGCAAUAUUAUUUUAGUCUUUCUAACUUUAGAUAGUAGCCUAUGUUGAACUUUAGAAACGCCGUGGAACUAAUUGACCAACAUCAGUGAGUCCGCGCGGAUUAAUUGUAAUCUUUGUUGGACGUCGGAUAUUAUUCCUGUUGGCACCAGUUGAAAACCGAGACCCCAACCAUUGUGAGCGCGGGCUGAAAAAGCCCACGUCCUUUCUGGAGAUGAAAAGCGAGAACCGGAGUAGACAGACCAAGCAUAAUGUACAGAAUAAGUCCAAGAGUCCAAAAGUCACCAGAAGACUGAAAAGGUGUCUUUGGCUUUUCCCACCUCUUGACUUGGAGGAGGAUGCAGCUCCGGUCCCUGUGUCUGACACCACCAGAGAACCACCAGAGACCAGGAUGUCAAAGAAGAAGAAGACUUUCCCCAGACCACCUGUCACACAGGAUGCAGAGAAGUUUCAUGAUGGCCCAACUAACACCAGUAGCACCAAUACCAUCCCAAAGAGAAGGUGCCUUUUCCCAACCCUGAUGUCUGAGCCAGACCCAGUCCCUCUCUCUGAGCCAGACCCAGUGCCUCUCUCUGAGCCAGACCCAGUGCCUCUCUCUGAGCCAGACCCAGUGCCUCUCUCUGAGCCAGACCCAGUACCUCUCUCUGAUCCAGCUGAGACCAGCAAGCCCCAGCAGAAGGCAGGAAUCUUCAACCCACCUGCCACAAAGCGACUGAAGAGGACCAGAAAGUUGGAGCCAGCCCCAGGCCUUUUCUCUGAGCCACCAGAGAGCAUGAAGUCAAAGGAAAUGGAGAUCCCAGGUCCACCUGCCACAAAGAGACUGAAGAGGACCAGGAAGUUGGAGCCAACUCCAGCCCCUCUCUCUGAACCUCUAGACACCAGAAAGUCAAAGAAGAAGAAAAUAAUCCCUGGCCCACCUUCAACUCAGCAAGUGAAGAGAUCCAGAUCUCCUCCUAGCCCCUGGACCCCUAACCUAGUGGAGAUUAGACGUAGGACACCUACAGCCAGACCUCCUACCUGUGAGAUAGGUGUAACUACAUUUACCUUGAGAUCGAAGGUAGCGACAAGCCUUACCUUGAAGUCAGGUGUAGUCACAUCCCCAUCUAGCGGUGAAGCCUUCUCCACAUCCCCUGAGAGGAAGAAGAUGAGGAAGAAGAACAGGAAGAGGGCCAGGUGCAGUGGUGCGGCUGUUCCCACCCCCCCUGAGAGGAAGAUGAAGAAGAGGGCGAGGUGCUGCCCUGUCCCGCUGAACAACCCCUUGUCUGUCUGUCGGUCGAAGAGGGCCACCCAGGGCAGGAAGGCCUGUGUGUGGUGUAAACAGGAGAAAGAGUUGAUGAAGACCAUCUGGCAGUGUGAGGCCUGUCAGGUGGCCCUCUGUCUCAUGCCGGGCAGAAACUGCUUCAGGGCCUGGCACAAGACUCACAAGUGGAACGAGGAAGUCAUCUUCAGUCUGUUUUCUUAAAUGUCAAAUAUGUGGGUCUGGAGCUUCAGCAUGAGAUAUUAAUGGUUUGUGGUCAAAAAAGCCCACUUUCAAUUCCUAGUUCAUAUGGUUUUAGUAGAAUUCAGGCAUAAGAGCUUUGCACAUGCUUUGCACAUGUGGAUUGUACAAUAUUUGCACAUUAUUCUUUUAAAAAUUCUUCAAGCUCUGUUAGGUUGAUUGUUGAUCAUGGCUAGACAGCCAUUUCAAUCUUGCCAUAGAGCUGAUUUAAGUUAAAACUAACUAGGCCACUCAGGAUCAUUCAAUGUCAACUUGGUAAGCAACUCCAGUGUAUAUUUGGCCUGGUGUUUAAAGUUAUUGUCCUGGUGAAAGGUGAAUUUGUCUCCCAGUAUCUGUUGGAAAGCAGACCGAACCAGGUUAUCCUCUCAUUUUGCAUGUGCUUCGCUAUAUUCAGUUUAUUUUUACAAGUAAAACUUGCUAGCUCUUCCUGGUAAAAAGCAUACCCAUAACAUGAUGCAGCCACCACCAUGCUUGAAAAUAUGAUAAAUGCUACUCUGUGAUGUGUUGGAUUUGCCCCAAACAUAACACUUUGUAUUCAGGACAAAGUUAAUUUUGUUGCCAUUGUUGUCCCUUAUUGCAAACAGGAUGCAUGUUUUGGAAUAUUUGUAUUCUGUACAGGCUUCCUUCUUUACACUCUGUAAUUUAGGUUAGUAUUGUGAAGCAACUACAAUGUUGAGCCAUUCCCAGUUCUCCCAUCACAGCAAUUAAACUAUGUAACUGUUUUCAUGUCACCAUUGGCCUCAUGGUGAAAUCCCUGAGCAGUUUCCUUCCUCUCUGGCAACUGAGUUAGGAAGGACACGUAUCUUUGUAGUGACUGGGUGUAUUGAUACACCG